GCUAGGGCAGAAAAGAGCGACUUGGAAGUAAGCGAGGUGAUGGAGAAGCAGAGUGGCGGUUGAAGAGACGACAGAAGGAGAGCGGCAUUCCGGUACGUCCAGUUAGCCGGCGACAGCAAAGCAGCAUGAACAGUCGCGACGAAGCGGCAGGAACGGCAGCGGACCUCGUUGGCAUUGACAUCGAGGCGGAAGGAGUCAUUGGGGAGACUGAUAGGACAUCGUCGUCCUCCCUAAACCCAUAUGACAAGAUGCCUAGCCGGCGACGAGUGGCAACGGAAGGGAGCAGGACACGCACGAAGACUGUCAGACGUCAACGCCGACAAUGGCAGGGCACUGGACCCCACCGAGGGACAUGCUCCCGAGGCCCGGCGUCAGCACUACUGACAGCAAUCAGAAGGCAGCGCUAUCAAAGCUCGACAGACGUUAGCUGGAAGGCCCCUUGGCCAGACGCAGCUAGCCAUUUGACAUGCGACUUUACUUGGUGUUGGAAUGGGUUCUCGGGAUACGUCGGACCCUUGGGUUUGGAAGGACUAAAAAUAAGAGGCCGCCCAAACAUGUUAGUCACAGAUGGAAUUUGGACUGACAACUCAGGUCGGGGGCGGGUGUGCCCAGGACCCAAGUGGGCGGGAAGACUUGACGGCAAUCAGGUCCCAAAGCCUGACCGCAGGAUCGUUGCAGGAGGGAUAAUAUCAGGGCCGAUGAGAAAGCCGUUUUGUCCAAGAGAUCUGAUCCGCUAAAAAGGGAUCACUGACAAGGAGACGAUAUUGCUUUCGGGGAGAAGUCAAUCUAAAAAGAAUGCAAGAGAGGCCAAAUCCCGAGAUUGCAGUGUUCGAUUGACCAUCCGGCCCAGCGAAGGACGCCAGUGAGGAGCUACGCACAGAUAGGGGGGGCGAGGUGCUGAAUGCGUCAAGGUUGGG